CUUUGACAGUAUUGCACUUAGCUACGGCUGAUUUUGAGCGGCCCCGAAACAGUUUGCAUGCGCGCGUCACACUCGUCGAUCUAUUGGCAGCGGACAUUGUACACGCGAAAUGCUCGCAGCCGUCGGACAGAUGUGCUCGACGGGCCAGCCGCUCGCUAACCUGAACGCGGCCGUGUCGAUCAUCUCCCGCGCGGCGGCCGCAGGCGCGGCGGCCGUCUUCCUACCUGAAGCGACCGAUUUUAUCGCUCCGGCCUCGCAUGUCCCGGCGCUGACGCGCAGCGCGGAGAAUCGCGCGUUCGUGGAUGGGCUGCGCGAUGCGGCGCGGAGGCAUGGUGUGGAGAUCAGUGUUGGAAUACAUGAGCCGCCGGCGUCCUCGCCUUCAGAUUCAGACUCGGACGCGCAGGUGCAAGAUGACAAACAUAGAAAAGGAAGAUGCUACAAUACGCAGCUGCUGAUCGGGAGCGAUGGGAACGAUGUUCAACGGUAUCGAAAGCUUCAUCUAUUUGACGUCGAUAUAAAGGGCGGACUGAAGAUCCUCGAAAGUGACACCACCAUCCCUGGCCGAGCAUUAUCCGACGCAGUCGACAGCAGGGUCGGCAAGCUUGGGCUACUGACGUGUUACGACCUGCGCUUUCCGGAGCCGUCAUUGUCCUUGCGAAAAGCGGGGGCGCAAGUGCUUACCUAUCCGUCUGCAUUCACUGUGCGAACCGGUGCGGCGCAUUGGGAGAUCCUGCUGCGUGCCCGUGCGAUCGAGACGCAGUGCUACGUCCUUGCUGCGGCGCAAGUGGGCUCGCACGAAGGCACCAAGCGCGUUUCGUGGGGACAUGCGAUGGCCGUCGAUCCGUACGGCUCUGUGAUAGCGCAGUGCAGCGAUAUGCAACCGUACCAACCGUCGUUCUGCCUCGCCAACAUUGACUUGGAUCUCUUGGAGAAUGUGCGAAAGGAGAUGCCGUUGUGGGAGCAACGGAGACCCGACGUGUACAGUACUAUCUGACGCGGAUCAUGAUACAUUUUGG